CACUCGACCAUCGUUCGUGGUGGCUGCGUAACGGAGGCAUUUUGUCGGCAAGUGCUUGUUGGGUAGAGAAGUUGGGUAGAGAAUCAAAGAGCAAGUUCUAGUGUUGGCUCAAGGAGGUGUUGAGUAGACGACCACUUCAUUUUGCCAGACUUCCUGACUUUCUAUUGUGCUUCUGGAAAGUAGCAUAGUGGGGUGUCCGUUGGGGGUUGGGACUCGAGAAGUCGUUGAAAAUUGAAAAUCUUGGGAAAGGAUCGGGGAUCGCUAGGGUGUGUGUACUGAAUUGGUGAAUAAGGAAAAAUUCUCAUCAAUCAGUUGGAUAUUAUGGUGAUUUAUUCAAUUUUUCACCAUCCCCUAUCCAUCUGGUCACCACUCAAGUGUCACGUUUGUGUUUUUUGGGUGUGAGUGAGGGUUGGUGGAAAUGUUUGACCCAUGAAUUAAUGCAAGAAUUAAUUUUUCCCACUGAAACUCUCAGAGACUCCACCACAGAAUGUGAAUAAAACUGUGUCGUUUUGGAACAUACUGCGGAAGGGAUAUACCAAAAGUACCCCCUAAGAGGAAAAAAAUAAUAAUUUUUUUUUUCGGAAGCUUUUCCGUCUGUGGAUUUUAUUGGGGUGUUUUUUUUUUUGGUUGUGCCACACAGAAAAAAAGCUCCAAACUGAAGGGCUCCCAAGGAGAGCAAAUCCAUCGAUCAUAAUUUAAUGGUUUCCAGAGACCAUGAAGAUUCUAUAAAUAUCAGGAUCUUACAGUGAAAUUGACGUUGGUGAAAUUUCUUGCAGAAAAUUUCGUGUAUACAAUAAACGGGAAUACCUUCAGGUGUUAAACCCAUCCCACAUCUGAUUCUGCUCAAUUUCCUCAAGUGUGGUGUAUGUGUAUGGAUAUUUUGGUGGGAAAAAGUGAUAUAAGAGGGAAUGUGGAUGGGGCAAAUUUGAAAUUGAUUGUUAAUUCACCACAAUGAAAUUGUUGGAGUGAAUUUUUCAAUUUAGCCACCCUACCUUGCACAAACAUGGUGUUGGCAAUUAGUGUUGGUGAGGAAAGGUGUGAGGAUGAGCUUCAGUGUUUCAUGGAAAAACGUACAGCUGAAGAAGUGAAAGAGUAACCAUUUCCACUCCAGAGUGCUUGAAAAGAUAAACAAAAAUAGUAAUAAAAGUGAAAAGUCCACUGUUAGAGCUCCCAUCCGACAAACUACCCUCCCGUGAAAGCUCUCUCGGGUACUGAAUCCCCAGAAAGGGUGUACGUAGGUUUUUUGGGAUAGAUCCCAGUGGGAUCGUACUGAGUUUGUGUUUUGUUUCUUCAUGUUCCCAGUAGUCGUGAGAGGGCCCGUGAAAAGCCCUACUCAGUCCAGUGAAACCCCCAAGAAGAGCCAAGAGAUCUCUCUAUAAUAAAAAAAAGAAUUCUGCUAUAAGAAGCUAUCCUCUUCCAACGAGAAAACCGUGUGUGAAGGGCCAGGAAAAUUUAUUGUAUGUGCUAAAAAAAAGGGAAGAAGAAAAAAAAGUGAUGGAGCGGUCAUCUUGUGAUAUAUGGAAUUCAGUGAGAAGCAAACAGAAUGACUCUCUGUGGAUUAUUUACACCCUUUUUUGGAUAAUAUGCUCAAUAUCCCAUUGGAGUAGUUCCAGUGCCGCAACAUCCGUGUCACCCAUCGUAUCAGAUGAAAAUGGACCACUUUCGGAGGUGCAAACAGCUGUGGGACUGGAAGCGUCGAUGCCUUGUGAGCUGGUGCCUAUUUCUCAGUCAAUGAUGACGGAUAAGGUGCAACUCGUCAUCUGGUACAAAGAAGGAAACAUCAAGCCCAUUUACACGUUCGAUGCCCGAAUGAGGCCUCUCCAUCAAGGCGUCCACUGGGCAGAUGAGUUGGUGCUGAAGUCAAAAGCUCACUUCCAUUACGAUUCAAGUCCUCCAGCACUGAGACUGAGAAAUGUCAAGAGAGAAGAUGCUGGCCUCUACAGAUGUCGGGUGGAUUUUCACAAGUCGCCCACAAGAAAUUCUCGCAUCAACUUAACAGUGUUGGUGCCACCGACUCACCUCACCGUUCUCGACGAUCAGGGCGCUGCGGUUGCUGACCACACGAUUGGCCCAUACCGAGAACAGGCCACAAUCAACAUCACCUGUCUGUCAAGUGGUGGAGUUCCACCUCCUCGUGUAUCAUGGUGGAAGGAACAUGCACUACUCGAUGACUCUUUUCAAGUUCUUCCGGAUGGAAGUGUCAAGAAUAUUCUGCACUUGUCGAAGCUCAAUCGACACGAUUUGCACACAAUUUACACCUGCCAAGCGACAAAUGGCCAUGUGGUGCCACCAUUGUCCACAUAUGUGAAAUUGGAGCUAAAGCUUCCACCACUCUUCGUCCGUCUACAAGGUCUCAAUCAUGCCCUUGUGGCCGGGGUACGGACGCAAAUAUCCUGCAGUUCAGCCGGAGCUAGACCUCCACCGGAGAUAAUUUGGAAUAAGGGUGGUCUGCUGAUGCGAGGAGCAUCUCAAACGACAUCGUCGGAUGGGAACGUGACAGUUUCUGAGGUGGUGUUUCUGCCGGCACCAGAAGAUAAUGGCAAAAUUGUGACGUGCUCUGUGACAACUGAAACGAUCAAUGGUGGUGCUGGUCUAUUUCUAAAAGACUCACGUAUCUUGGAUGUAAAACAUGCCCCAAUUGUGUCGUUAUCACUUGGAGCUCCGUUGGAUCCUAACAAACUAAUGAAUGGCUCGGAUGUAUACUUGGAAUGUGACAUCAGGGCAAAUCCGCCCAUCAAGAAAAUCGAAUGGUUUCACAAUGAGAAGCAGCUAUUCUCGUCGCGUGGCAUUAUAAUCUCCAAUCAAACCCUCGUGCUCCAGGCCAUUUCUAAGGCAUCUCAUGGACAAUACAUGUGUCGAUCAGAGAAUGCCCAAGGCACCGUGAGCAGCAAUGACGUAUACUUGGAUGUAAAGUAUCCACCGAUAUGUAAAUCAGACUCGACAGUUAUUAGGGCAGCCCUGAAGCAGACAAUCAAUAUUCUAUGUGAUAUCGACUCAAAUCCAUUGCAAAAUUUGACGUAUAAGUGGUACUUCAACAACACCCUCGAUUCCUCCGUUGAAUUGCCCCCACCGGCAGCUCUUCUGGCUCAAAAUGGUGACUUUGGCGAGGAACAUCGGAUGGAUCGUCAUAGCUACAAUUCCAUCGUGACACAUCAAAAACUCGACCAUCGUCGGCAUCAACGGUUCCAGGCUCAGACCACAGUGUCCACUAAUCGUGCCCGUUCUCCAAAAUCUUUUCACAUGAGCACUAGGUCAUCUCUGGGGCGCACCUAUCCCUACCGCAUCGACUCAUUCGCCAACUUUGGCACAGUCACGUGUAGUGCUGAGAAUAUUUAUGGACACAGUGGACCCUGUGCUUAUCACAUUCUUGCAGCUGAACUUCCCGAUCCAGUGAAAAACUGCACGGCGUUCAAUGUAACCGCAAAUUCAGUCCAAGUGUCAUGUUUAGCUGGUCGGGACGGCGGAAUUCCGCAGCAAUUUCACGUGGAGAUUAUUGAUAAAUCAACAAACACCGUGCUGUACAACACAUCAUACCGCCAUCCAGACUUCACCCUCAAACGACUACCCAGCGAGUGUGACCUCAUUAUAAAGGUGUUGGCAUUCAAUCUCCAAGGAUCAAGUAAUUGGUAUCGUUUGCACGCAAAAACACUUCCGGCGCCACUUCUGAGAACAGCAUCAUCGACUGCAGUUUUUGUGAAACUGACACCACUUCUUGGCGCUCUAAUGGGUGUCGUUGGGACACUCAUCCUUGUGGUUGGAUGCAUCGUUGUCUGCAUGAAGAUGCGACGUGGAAAACAGCAGAAACGAGAUCAUCGAACGACGGAAGCCAAUACAGGUGAUGUGGAUAAGGAUAAGGGAAGUGCUGAACCACUGAGCCGAAAUAUGGGAAGUCACUCGAGCAUCGAUGACAAGAAUCCUGAUGUUGUGCCACAGGAAAAUAGCGAGGAUGAAUUUCUAUCCGAGGAGAAGGCAUUUGAACGACUCAACUCUGACCGAAUUCUAUACAAUUCACGUCUAAACUCAUCAUCUCCUCCACCACUAUCACCAGCCAGCUUUCCCAAGAAUUUUGGGGAAUUAUCCCUCACGACAAAUCCCUCAUUCACAUUGUACAGCUCACCUCAGCGUCGGCCGCUGUAUUCGCCGCCGCCCGUGACACUUCUAGCUCGAUCGCCGCCAAAUGUUUACAGCCGUAAUCCUACACGUUACGGCAUCUACGAAAGUCCUACGGCCGCAUGUCCCAGUAGUGCUAAUUUCGGCGGCUCUACCGUCCCUUUACUAAAUAAUGGCGGCGGCGCGACAUCAUUCACCUCCAGCACGGCCAUAGGGAGUAAUCUCGAGGACACUGCCGUUUCCUGAGACAAGGGGGGCUCGUCAUGCCACCUCAUUUGCAUUGGCGAGCGCCCCGAACGCACAACAAUCGUCUAAACCCAUCCGCAUACCCCAUGCGGCAACAUAAAUCAUCAACAUAUUUAAAAUAAACUGUUAGAUAGACAAAGUAAUAUCUAUAUUAUUGUAUUGAAAAGAUUUCUAUUGAAAAAGUCGAGAAACGAAUUUACUACUGUUGUACUGUAACUGUUGAAGGCCAAGCCAUGGCACAAACAGAGUUGAAAGCACUUCUUGAUAUUGUAGAUUAAUAAUUUAUUUUCUUUUUUUUCAGGUCUUUAAUUUACAAAAAAACUUAUUUCUAAAAUUAAAAUUGGAGCUUUAAUAUCUCGUUCAUACAAAUUGAACUUAUAUUAACUUAAGAGACUGAAGACCGAAACGAGAUAAAUAACUAAGCCAAGAUACAUUUUGUCGAAAACGAAAUUAGCUAAGACAUUACACCAAGUUAUAAAAAACGCUCAAUUAUAAAGAAUUACGAUAGAACAAGAGGAACUACAGCGAAUUUGAGCAAAUUUGCUUCAAAAUCAAUCGUGAUAAUUGUCAACCAAAUUUUUCUUCCUAUUGCAAAAGAGCCGAUUGAGCGAAAAUCUACUGUAAAAUUCACAAGAAAUACAAGAGGAUAACGAUUUUUAAAUUAGCAAUUUUUAAAACUACGAUUUAUCAGCGUAAAAAACAUCCAUUACAUAUUCAAAAAGUUUAAUUUUCUGGAAUUUAUUGAUUUUCUGUUAAUUGGCAUUUUUAUCCUCCAAAUAAUUCAUGGUUUUCCACUCUUAUACAGUAGGGGAGACUGGGGCAAAAAGUCACAAAUCGAAAAUUUCAAAAUUCAAUAUCUUCCAAGAUAAAUAAGAUAGCGGCUUAAAAUUUUUACCACAAAUAGCUUCCAUAAACCUUCUUCGAUGUUGUAUGUUUCUUCGAAUUCUAACAAGGAAUUUAGAAAAUAAAAAAUCUCAAAAUUUUUAGCCCUAUUUUUAAAAUAUUUCCUUGAAGAAUAUCAAUUAUUACCAACUUAUUAUUCAAAAUUUACACACUGAUGAUUAUUUCCUAAAUGACUUGGAUUCCUUGAAUACGAAGCCGCUAUCUAUUUUAGAAUUUUACAAAGAUCCUUCUAUCAAGAAAUCUUUUUAUUCAAAACGACCACUUGGGGUAAAAAGUAACAAAAGGUAUAGAGCGAAAAGUAAGAAAAACCGAAACAAUUAAUAAUGUCUCACGGCAAAAAAACGUCAAUGCCAUGUGUCGCCGCUUGUUAUUUGCAUUGGUCAAACGAUUUGCAGUCUUUUGUGUUUUUUUUUUUUCAAAGGUGUAGAGGAAUAAACUUGCUAUGAAAAUAUGUAAUCUAGAUAUUUGUUUUAAUUUGCGGAAUCCCGUAACAAAGCGAAUCAAAAUAUGAUAAUAUCCCAUGCCUGAUACUAUUUGCCCCAGCAUUUUUUAGAACGGUCACAAAAUUACCUUUUAGAAAAUGGCUCGAUAAACGUAUUUCCUUACAAAAUAGAAGAAAA